GUCCACUCCUUUUUAUUUUUAUUUUUUAUUUUUAAAAAGUAUGUUGGCUUGUUUUUGUUCUCGUUGUGACUUGUGCGCUGGUUAAUUAAUUUAUCCAAUUAUAUCUCCUCAUCUCCUCCGUCCCACGCUCACCACCGCCUUCACUCUUUCAUCGCUCGCUGGUAACUAUCCCGCCGGCGCCCCACAACUUCUCUUCCAGCCUCCAAUGGCCGCCAUCACACUCCCCUCUCUUUUCCUUCCCCGCAGACCCACGAAAUCUGCCCUCUCUCUCUCCAACUCUCCCUCGCCCCUUCUUCACUCUCUCUCUCCCCUCCCCCUCCCCCACCCCACCUCUCCUUCUUCUCUCGUUCUCCCCCACGCUAAGCCAGUCUCCUGCUCGACUUCGACGCCCUUCUUCCGUCCAAUCGGAGCCCACAGCGCAAAUGGCGACGUUUCGUUCAGCCUUUGCGGGGGAGUCGCUAGGGGCGCGUCUCAGUUUAUGAAGACGGAUUCUUCGCAAGCUCUAUCGGCAUUGCUUCCGUUCGUUGUAGCUGCUACUGCCGCUGCUGCUCUCGUGCAGCCAUCGACUUUCACUUGGGUAUCAAAGGAAUUAUAUGCGCCUGCUCUUGGUGGGAUAAUGUUGUCAGUCGGAAUUAGGUUGUCAUUCCGUGAUUUUGCCCUUGCAUUUCAAAGACCUUUACCGCUCUCUGUUGGAUUCAUUGCACAGUAUGUAAUGAAACCAGUCCUUGGAGUUUUGAUUGCAAGGGCAUUGGGAAUGCAUAGGAUGUUCAGUGCUGGUUUCAUCCUCAUGUCUUGUGUUUCAAUGGCUCAGCUAUCCACUUAUGCCAGUUUUUUAGGCAAGGGGGAUGUGGCUCUGAGCAUUCUUCUUGCCAGUGCAACUACCGUAGCUUCCGUGAUUGUUACUCCUCUUUUGACAGGGCUUCUUAUUGGUUCUGUUGUUCCAGUUGACCCAGUUGCCAUGUCAAAAUCAAUUUUGCAGGUUGUUUUUGUUCCAGUCACUCUUGGUGCAGUGCUCAAUACUUGCGCAAAACCAGUUGUGGCUGUUCUUCAACCUGUGAUGCCAUUUGUUGCUAUGGUUUGUACUUCACUUUGUAUUGGCAGUCCUCUUGCAAUAAACCGGAGUCAAAUUCUCUCUGCAGAGGGUCUCCAAUUGGUUCUUCCAGUUUUGGCAUUUCAUUCAAUGGCAUUAACCAUUGGAUAUUGGGUAUCAAAAAUUCCUAUUUUGAGGUUUGAGGAAGAAGUUUGCAGGACAAUUUCACUGUGCACAGGAAUGCAGAGCUCCACCCUUGCUGGGCUUCUUGCGACUCAAUUCCUUGGUAGCAGCCAGGCUGUUCCGCCAGCUUGCUCAGUAGUUGCAAUGGCUAUUAUGGGGCUUUCUCUUGCCUCUUUUUGGGGCAGUGGCUCUCGAAUCAGAGAUCUACCGCGGCAACUCAUCUCAGACUAGUUCAACUCUCUGGGCUUAGGAUUUGAACGCUUGAACAAAUUUCAAAUGCAUACAUACAUGCAGAUCCGGGAAUCUAAAACAAGAAUGAAUUUUGGUGAAUUUGAUCAUGCAAUGGAAGAGCUGGUGUUCCAAAUGUUUGUUACCUCUAAAAGAUUACAAUUAGGGUCAACACGAGCAACAAAUAUAAAGCUGCUCCUUAAUUGUGUAUAUAUGUAUACAUUGAGGUAUAGAAAUUACAGAAGAGUUGUUAGAAA